AUGGAGCCAGCACCCGAGGAGGCCAAUCCGGCAUCUAAGCCGCCCUCCCCACACCCAGACAUCCAGCCCGACCCCGCACUCCAACCUGAGACCGAGACCGAUACCGAUAAUGCCAAUGAUGAUCCUACAAAAACCGACAGUCACGAUGAUCAAUCCCAGAGCUCCCCAUCCUCCACCUCCCGCCCCCUCUCCGCCGUAGUGCCCCCCUACUGGCGCCGACACGAGCGCGAUGCCUCACAUGUCUCGCAGGCGUCGCUGCGUGGCGCUACCAUCACAUUAGAAGACCAUACUACCGACCCGAACUCGGAGACGAGUCGGGGGCUCUGGGCGAGUAGCGUUACUAUUGACGAUCAUGUUGUGGUGCGCGGUAUGACUGGGGUGGGGUCGUAUGUUGUGUGGAAUUGUACAAUUCAGACACUGGAUGGUGGUCCAAUUGUUGUCCGGAUGAGAUACUCCGAGUUCGAUGACCUGCGCCAGCGGCUGGUGGCUUCUUUCCCGCAUGCGAGGAGUGCAUUGCCUGCAUUGCCGCCGAAGAGCAUUAUCUUCAAAUUCCGACCCUCAUUCCUGGAAUCAAGACGCGUGGGCUUGGAGUAUUUCCUCAACUGCGUCCUUUUAAACCCAGAGUUCUCGGGCUCCCCUAUCGUCAAAGACUUCCUCUUCGGUCGUAUAUGUUAA